GAGAGCCGUGUCGCCAACGAAAGCCGCCAAGAGAAUGCCGAUGCCGACGAAGAUUCGUGGCAAGGGGAAGCCGGGGAAAGAAACCGGCACCGCCGAGCCCGGAAAUCGGGCGGACUCGGGUAAGAUCGGCGCCGCCCGGAGACUGGCGGGCGGUGAGCGCCGAAAAGCGGAUAGCGGACCGAGGCGAGAGAUAACGCACGAGUUCGGGUGAACUCGGGAUUCUUCGGGAAUCCUCGGGCCGGGGGGCAAAAAGGGGCCCACUUCGUUUCGAACCGCGGAUCGGGAAUACCGAAAAUCGGCGGAUAAGGUAUCGCGAUUUUUCUGGUUGGAGUGUGGUGAGAGUGUGUGAGGGUUGCAGGACCUGUUGUGCAACGUGGCUUUUUUCCCGGACGUGAUAUGGAAUGGGAUCUAUCGACGACGACGGCGCUCCUACGGUACUCGGAGAAUAGAGGGUGGAGACGGCCGACGAGGAGGAAAAUUGCCAGCCACCACGACCCGAGCGACGAGGAAGAAAGGUACGGUUCACCGGAAGAUUCGUCAAGAUUAACGGAGGCCGAUGCGGAAACGCGAUUCAUCGGGGAUCUCGUGAUUGGCCAGAGACAACAGGAAGAAACGCUUUUCUGGAGAUCAUUGGAAAUUGACAAUCCUACCAACGACGUUUACGGUCAAGAAAUCGCCCUUGCCGUUACGAACGGUGUCAUUCACUACAUCAGUGUUAUCAAUGAUCGCGGCAGUUAUGCAGUCGCCUGCGAUCGACCCUACGCGCUUGGAAGUUCUAGAAGCAGUUUCAAUAUUCGCGUAACGCCAAAUAGUCACAGUUACGUAACAGUAGUCGUGGGAGCACAUUAAAUACACGCACGAUAACUUAUACGUUCUCCAAUUUGUCGAAAGUUAAUAACCAUAUGUGUACAAGUGUCAUUACAAAUUUUAUUACCUUACCGUACACACGGAUUGUUCGAAACGGCUU